GUGCAUGGCGGGAUUGUGGAGGACCAGGCCGUCUGUCCGUCCGUUGGCGCCAUCACCCGCAGCCGAAUAUCCGCGGAAUAAACCCCCUCCUCCCUCCUCCCCCCGCUCGAGACGGGCCAGGAUGAAGGAAGGAAGGAAGGACAAGGGAUGCCGAGCCUUUGGAACGGGAUAAGCGCCGGGCUCGGCGGCUCCAGGUUCAUUGCCCGGAGAGCCCGUGAGAGUUAGGCCGACCCUGUAGGACGUCACCCAUCGCUAUGCCUGCUGUUUGGCCGACUCUUCUGGAUCUCAGCAGGGAUGAGUGCAAAAGAAUACUCCGAAAGCUUGAACUCGAAGCUUAUGCUGGUGCUAUCAGUGCAUUCCGUGCACAAGGUGACCUUACAAAGGAAAAGAAGGACCUUCUUGGAGAAUUGGCCAAAGUUCUUAGCAUUUCAACAGAACGCCAUCGUGCUGAAGUUCGAAGGGCCGUUAACGAUGAAAGGCUGAUGACUAUUGCACAUCACAUGUCUGGACCUAACAGCUCGGCUGAAUGGUCCAUUGAAGGUCGUCGACUUGUCCCCCUCAUGCCCAGGCUGGUUCCUCAGACAGCAUUCACAGUGACAGCGAACGCUGUAGCUAAUGUAGCAGCUCUCCAUAAUGCCACGCUUCCAUCACCAGCUGAAACUGGUAACAAAGAAGUGAUUGUUUGUUAUUCGUACACAAGUACCACUCCCACCCCAACAUCAACAACGAUGCCCAGUGGGAGUGUCGCAACGGUCAAGUCUCCCCGGCCGGCUAGUCCUGCUUCCAACGUUGUCGUACUGCCAAGCGGAAGCACCGUCUAUGUCAAAAGCGUCAGCUGCGCAGAUGAAGAUGACAAACCUCGGAAACGAAGGCGUACAAACUCAUCAAGUUCUUCCCCUGUGGUGCUCAAGGAGAUUCCCAGGUCAGCCAUGCCAGUUGCCAAGUCAAUUGCAGUUCCCGUCGGAAGCAGCCCGAAAGUGAGCAACAUUAUGCAGAGCAUUGCAAACUCCAUUCCCUCGCACAUGUCACCGGUGAAGAUUACCUUCACAAAGCCUACAACCCAAACGACAAACACAGCUACUCAGAAGGUGAUAAUUGUAACCACAUCGCCGAGUUCGACGUUCGUACCCAACAUUCUGUCCAAGUCUCACAACUACGCAGCUGUCACCAAACUCGUGCCAACGUCCGUCAUCACCACCACAACCCAGCGACAGCCAAUGGUCAUCACUGCCACGCAGCCACCCUUUACUGUGGGCAGCACUCCUUCAUCCUCUGCUACCGCCAUGUCACUGAUAUCAUCGUCAUCCUCUGUGGUAAUGUCAACAAUAGCUCAAGGUGCAUCUGGCACUGCGGUGAAAGUCACUGCAGCCAGGCUUCAGUCUCCUAAAACCCCGACCCAGAUCCUGACCCAGUUUCCCAAACAGCAGCAGCAGCAGGUUUCCCAGUCUCCACAGCAGCAGUCUCAGACCUCGCCCGGUAUCAAACCCACCAUUCAAAUCAAACAAGAGUCUGGUGUGAAGAUAAUAACGCAGCAGAUGCAGCCGAGUAAAAUUCUGCCAAAACCAGUCACAAUGUCUAGUGCGAGCACUUCCCCCAUCAUGGUGGUUAGCAGCAACGGUGCCAUCAUGACGACCAAACUGGUUACUACUCCAACAGGUACCCAAACUACCUAUACACGUCCUACGUUGAAUCCCACCAUCAGUGCCCGUAUGGCAGCUUCUCCAGGAUCUGCCACUUACAUGAAAACAACAAGUGGGAGUAUCAUCACUGUGGUACCUAAAUCACUCGCCACGUCACUUGGUGGAAAGAUUAUCAGCAGCAGCAUUGUGUCUGGGACAACAACAAAAAUAACAACUAUACCAAUGACCUCUAUGAUGUCGAAGCCAAAUGUUAUUGUUGUGCAGAAGACUGCAGGGAAAGGAACGACCAUCCAGGGUAUUCCAGGAAAAAAUGUAGUCACGACGUUGUUAAAUGCAGGGGGUGAGAAGACCAUCCAGGCAGUACCUGCAGGGGCAAAGCCAGCAAUUAUCACGGCAACCAGACCGAUCACUAAAAUGAUUGUGGCCCAGCCAAAAGGGUUGGGUUCGACAUUACAACCCACCACAAAAAUCAUCCCCACUAAGAUUCUCUACGGACAGCAAGGGAAAACGCAGGUUCUAAUUAAGCCCAAGCCUGUGGCCUUCCAGGCCACAAUGGUGAGUGAGCAGACCCGCCAACUGGUGAGUGAGACUCUCCAGCAGGUAUCAAGAGCGACCGAGGGGAGCAGCAUGGCCGGUCAAGAAAGCAGCCUGAAGGAAGAAGCCCAAGCUUUCACUGAGAGUGGCAGCGGGAGUCUGGUCUCCAGUGACUCUGUACAAAGCUCACAUGGCAAAAGCCGAUCGUACAUCGAGGUACAGAAAAGCCGAAAUAAUUAUUUGAACUCUCAGCAAGUGGUUCAUGUCAUUUCGUCCAGAAGCCAAGAUUGGAGCGAGCAUGAAGUUGCCAUGGACACCAGCCCCACUAUUAUUUACCAGGAUGUAUCUGGGGAAUCGCAGUCAGCAACUUCCACCAUUAAAGCCCUACUGGAACUUCAGCAAACAGGAAAAGAAAAGCUGGAGUCUAAACCUCGUCAGCCAACUAUUGAUCUCAGUCAAAUGGCAGUUCCAAUCCAGAUGACACAGGAAAAGAGACAGACUCCAGAAAGCCCGGCCAUUACUGCUCUUGAUUCGGAGCUGGCUUCUGAGUACUUCAGCGGUGGGAAAACCAUAAAAGUGGCAAUCGCCAGUUCGAGCAUUGGCUCUGGGGAAGUGGCAUUGGCCUCCCUUCUAUCAAGCAGUCAGCAGCAGCAGCAGACAGCACAGCAUUCCGCAGGGGUGAAAUCAGUCCCAGUAUCCUCCGCGAUCGCUGUCACACACAUUCUCCAGCAGAUCCCGAUAAAGCUGCAAGCGGUUACGGAGCAGGCCUCCGCAGCCAAACAAGAGGACUCGGAGGCUGAAGAAAGCGAAGUAGAAGAUGGUGACACGUUGGACCCACAAACUGGUCUCUUCUACAGGUCAAACAUCUCGAUGCCGCUGGCUCAGCCGCAAGAAAAGCCAGCUCUUCAACAUCGGGAGGUGGCGCAGACUAAAUUGCCGGCGCUGCAGAAAUCGGUGGUGGCUGCAACCCAGGCCGCGCAAGCCAUGGUGCAGGUGAUCGCAGUCAAGGCGCAACAGCAGCUUCCAAAACCGCCGCAUCAACCAAAAUUGCAGCCGCAGUCCCCACACCCGCAGCAGCAGCAGCAGCCGGAGAAAUCCCAGCUAGCCAUUAAACAGCAGCCAGUCUCAACGGAGCAGCAUCUUCCUGGACAGGCACACCCUCCCAUCAUAAGCCAAGGAGCAACAGUCACCAAAAUAACCUUUGGGAAUUACCAAGCCACCACCAUCACGAAAAAGGCCUGUGGCAGCUCAGAGAGCUCAGUACUGGCAACAAACUAUUACACGGUGCAAUCUUCCAAAAAGUCCACGGAAACAGAUAUUUUAAAGAUUUCAAUGAUGGAGGCCCAGAUCGAAUUGAACGAGGAAGCCGCCAAUGUAGACGCUAGAAAAGAGAGGAAGUCCACCGUGCCGAAAGUGAGCGCACUGCAGUCAGCUCAAUCGAGUCAGUUCCAAAAAGCAGCUGCGGAAUCCGCGGCCAAAGACAAGGAAGGCAAACAGAACCCACAGAACACACUUCCACCCAGGGCAGCAGAGGGAACUGGAAAGUCUACUCAGAGCCACUUUCUUCAGAUUCAGAAUGUAACACGAGAGAAGUUUGAUGAAAUAUCUGCAGAUAUCCUUAUUCAGUCUAUACCGCAGUAUUCCAUACCAAGUCAAUCCAGCUCGAAUGUGGUCUUUGAUCCCAGUCUGAAGAUAGGUCUUGACCCGAAACAUCGCCUAUUUCCUUCGCUCCAUAGAUGCUGCCUCACCCGCUGAGUUUCUCCAGCAUUUUUGUCAACCUUCGUACAUUCACUUAGCUUGUUAUAAACAAAAUAUUAGUAAUAGAAAGUUAUCACUUUUAAUAUAUUUGUACCAGAAAUGAAAAGCUUUGUUUACGAAGAAUGCAAUUAAAGAAAAUUAAACCAUCAUGAAAAUUAAGUGACCAUUUUAAUGAGAGCUUUCAAAAUUAUAAAAGUUGUUGAAAGAGCAAUAAAGUAUUUCAGCUGAUUGCCAAAUUGAUAGUAAGAUCACUCAAGGAAACAUUUAUCUCAAUGGUAGGACUUUUGCCUCUUACACUGUUUGAAAAUAUAUAUUUGAGAUGUAAGAUACUUUCGAGAUACCUCAAAAUUCUGAAAGGCGCUAUAGCGAUGUAUGUUUUUUCCUCGAAGACACGAGAUACAUGUUGGAAUCCUGUGGGGGAAAAAAACCCAUAAAGUACUGGAGGAACUCAACAGGCCGGACAGCUUCUGUGGAGGGAAAGGACCAGUGACAUUUGGGUCGGGACCCUUCUUCAGACUCUGAAAGAAGUCUGAAGUCUUCAGUCCGAAGAGGGUCCUGACCCUAAACGUCAGCUGCCCAUUCUCUCCACUGACCUGCUGAGUUCUUCAAGCACUCUUUUUUUGAUCAGGUUCUUCUGUUGAUCAACAGUGGAGGAAUGAACAAAAAUGUCCGUGAAAUAUUUUUCUACAUAAGAUUAUUCAGUAAUUGAGAAGAUACAAAUAGAAAGGUUUAGUUUAGUUUAGAGGUACAGCGUGGAAACAAGCCCUUUGACCCACCAAGUGCGUGCCGACCAGCGACCCCAUACACUGGCAUUAUCCUACCCACUGGAGAUGAUUUACAAUCUUUACUGAAGCCACUUCACCUACAAUCCUAUGUCUUUGGAAUGUAGGUCUUUAAAGAUAUCACAGACAUUUAAAAUAUUUGUACCAAAAAAGGCAAAUGGGUGAAGAUAGGUAGUCAAACAUUUAAGGAUCUGUUCCACUUGACGA